CACAGCGCCCGCUUCCAAGAUGGCGGUAGCGAAGCCUGCCCGGCUGUCGGGGUGGCGGUGACGACUGGGAAGCAGAAACCGAGAGCGCUGGCCACGCCCCUCCAGGUGAGCCCGCCCAGGUACCCCCGGCCGCCGCUGCCUCCGCCCUCCCUCUCUCCGCUUCUCCUUGAGCAGUCCCGCUCUCUCCACCCGGCCGGGACUGGGGAAAGAGGGCCCAGGGUCCGCUGGUGAAGCGCUGGAUGGAGCCUUCCUCUGUCCUCUGUGACGUUUCCAAUUUUAGAUAAUGCCUCACAUCUCCGCCCCCCGGGGCCCUCCUGGAGUCCCCAUGACCCCGAAGAUGACAGCCUGAACAUAGAACGCUCCUCUCUGCCUCCCCAGACCUGAGCCAGGAUGUUGCGGAGGCUGCUGGAGCGGCCCUGCACGCUGGCCCUGCUUGUGGGCUCCCAGCUGGCCGUCAUGAUGUACCUGUCCCUGGGAGGCUUCCGGAGCCUCGGCGCCCUGUUUGGCCGAGAUCAGGGGCCGACGUUUGACUAUUCUCACCCCCGAGAUGUCUACAGCAACCUCAGUCACCUGCCUGGGGCCCCUGGGGCGGCAGGGGGGCCUCCAGCUCCUCAAGGUCUGCCCUACUGUCCAGAACGAUCUCCGCUCCUAGUGGGUCCCGUGUCGGUGUCCUUUAGCCCGGUGCCAUCGCUGGCUGAGAUUGUGGCGCGGAAUCCCCGGGUGGAACCAGGGGGCCGGUACCGCCCUGCAGGGUGUGAGCCUCGGUCCCGGACAGCCAUUAUUGUGCCCCAUCGUGCCCGGGAGCAUCACCUGCGCCUGCUGCUCUACCACUUGCACCCCUUCCUGCAGCGCCAGCAGCUUGCUUAUGGCAUCUAUGUCAUUCACCAGGCUGGAAAUGGAACAUUUAACAGGGCAAAGCUGCUGAAUGUUGGGGUGCGGGAGGCCCUGCGGGACGAAGAGUGGGACUGCCUGUUCUUACAUGACGUGGACCUCCUGCCUGAAAAUGACCACAACCUGUACGUGUGUGACCCCCGUGGACCCCGCCAUGUUGCUGUUGCCAUGAACAAGUUUGGAUACAGCCUCCCAUACCCGCAGUACUUCGGAGGGGUCUCAGCACUCACUCCUGACCAGUACCUGAAGAUGAAUGGCUUCCCCAACGAGUACUGGGGCUGGGGCGGUGAGGAUGACGACAUUGCUACCAGGGUGCGCCUGGCUGGCAUGAAGAUCUCUCGGCCCCCGACUUCCGUAGGACACUAUAAGAUGGUGAAGCACCGAGGAGACAAGGGCAACGAGGAAAACCCCCACAGAUUUGACCUCCUGGUCCGUACCCAGAAUUCCUGGACACAAGAUGGGAUGAACUCACUGACAUACCGAUUGCUGGCUCGAGAGUUGGGUCCUCUCUACACCAACGUCACCGCAGACAUUGGGACUGACCCUCGGGGUCCCCAGGCCCCUGCCGGUCCCCGUUACCCGCCUGGUUCCUCCCAGGCCUUCCGUCAAGAGAUGCUGCAGCGCCGGCCCCCAGUCAGGCCUGGCCCUCUACCUACUGCCAACCACACAGCCCCCCGUGGCUCACACUGACUCCUCCCUCGUGCCCACCUGGAUCAUGAAACUGAAUCCGAGGGGGGGUGUCUCCCCGCCCUCAGGUCCUCGCUGCUCCUGGAGGGAUGUGAGGACCCUGCACGCUAGUGCUACGCUGGGGGCCGGGAGCCUCUCCUCACUGCUGGGCUGGAGCUGGGCUCCUCUAGACCUGCGGGUCCCUCUUUCUAGGAUGACCUGCCAGGACUUAUGACUGUGAAUCAUUGCUGUCAUGAUUUUAAGUGACAAAUCCCGGGGGUCCCCUGCCCCUGGGGUAGGAGCAGGGCUGGACCCCAAGCCCCUUCUUCUUCCGUGGAGAACACUCUCCUCCAUGAGUGAUCUGCCUUCUCCUGGGACCUCUGUGAAUAUUUAUUCUAUUUAUGGUUCCUGGGAAGUUGGUUGGUGAAGGAGGCCCCUCCCUCGGCACGUUCUGCCCGUGCUGGAGCAGCUCCCUCUUCUGGUCCUGGCUCAGGGGGCUGGGAUUUUGAUAUAUUUUCUAAUAAAGGACUUUGUCUCGC